AUGGCUCCCCUGCCCGAUGCAGAUGUCGAUGCAAUCUCUGCGUCAUCCCUUCGAUCGCACAAGUCUCCAACCCUUGCUCUUAUGAGCUGGAAUAUCGGCUUGGCCAGCCGCCAGCGAUAUAUCACGCUGAGUUAUUAUCAUUCCUCUAUUCGACUGCCAACAUAUGCAAGCAUUGCCGCGGCCGUUUCAACCAUCCCACCACCUGCAGCAGCAUUAUUGUCAAUCUUAUAUGUUGGGCUGCGACUGCACGUUCAGACGUUCAUCUCUACCCGAACAAAUCCUCCCCUCGCCGUUGGACAGCAAGGGGAUGAAGUGUCGGCAGUUAUGGGCAUGCCGAAUUCCCUUUUUUCUGCGGAGGGAGCUCCUGUUCUCCCCUGUUUCAACCCCGACUUGAUGGAGUUCUUCGGCCACAACUUACCUCUUGUCCUCAAAUCUUCCGCAGGAACUGAGAUACUUUUGAGUCGUGCCAAAGCUCGCAAUUUUGGCCACCAUUUCCCCUUCCUCCCCUUGCUGCUUGGUAAAAGCCAUGUCGUCAGUUGGAUCUAG